CCCCCCCCACGACAGGGAGGGGCGUCGCCCCCGCCCCGCUACUGCACACCCUCCUCUACCGAUCCCCGCUAGGGAGGGGCCCAUACGUCGGGGGCGUUCUGCGUCCGCCCGCGGCGGCGUGCCCCACCGGGCCUCUCCUGCAGGGGGUGCCCCUGUGGCGCCCCUCCCCUCCAGGAUACCGCGUCUGGCUCGAGGCGCUGCGUCCGCCGUCCACGGCCAUGCGCCUCCGACGGGGGUUCCUCACCCCAGGGGGCGGCGUGCGCAGUCGGGGGGUGUCCGUUCCGCACCUCCUCGCGGCCGGUCAUCUCCCGCUAAUGUGGAUACGGAGGGGUCACAUGCCUACAUUGUGCCUCCUCCCGCCAGUAGCGAUGACGGUUCAGUUUCUCCUCCGGUGGCCAAUACGCGAGAUCGGAGAAGAUCGCGGCGGGAGCAAUUGGCGCGGGAUUUCUCCCAGCGGGACGGCGAUACCGUGACGCCCGACAGUGAGGGAUCAUCGGGGUCCUUGCUCCCAACGGGGGGUUUACUAUUCUCCCGUAGGGAACACGACCCGCGUGGCGGCUCUGAAGUUCCUACGCAGGCCACGGCAGCGGCACCCUUGGUGGACCCCACUGUUCUGUCCGCCAUUUGUGCGGCUGUUGUGUCGGCAGUGGCGCCCUUGUUAUCCCCCGUACCCGGGGGACUUGGGCGGUCCUCCACUUCUUUGGCGGAUAGCAUUGCGCAAGCUCUUGCCCCGCUUCUGUCCUCUGGCGCGACCGUUCCCCCGCCUGCCCCGCUCCCGGCUGCGGCAAACUCGGUGGAGGAGCGGGGAAACCAUGUCUCUUUUGUCCCCCCAGCCGCGGACGUCAGGAGAGAAAUGGAGUCUGUCGGCGCUUCCGCGAGUCGACCAGUGGCCGUCGAGACGGACGGUGUUCCCUCUCGUGCAGGUCAUCCACCCGGAUUGGAGGAGUUAGCACACAGAUCGUUGGCCCCUGCUACGUUUGCGGCCUAUCGUGCCGCCUGGGAACGGUGGAGUCGCUUCCUCAUGGAGCGAGGCCAGAGUGGUAAGACCUCUCACACUUUACUCUUAGAAUAUAUCUGGAUGCUGUACUCCGACGGGAUUUCGCGGGCGUCUGUUAACAGGAUUCUGGCGGGUAUAUCAUACUUUCUGCAGCUGCGGGGGGAAGCGGAUUUUACGAAGUCCUUUUUCCUCCGGCGGGUGUUGAAAGGUUGGGCACGGGCGUCCCCGCCCCUCCCAGAUACUCGUCUGCCGAUCACUGGGGCUUUGCUGCGGCGGAUUUUGGGAUCCCUCCGGAGUAUUUGCUCCUCGGGAUACGAAGUUCGCCUCUUCAUGGCGGCCUUUACGAUGGCCUUCCACGGCGCGUUCAGGGUGGGCGAGCUGGUGGCCGUCUCUCGGACUUCUGCCUCGCCCAUGCUGGCGGCCCACGUCGUCAUACGUCCCGACGGUUUGUGGUGCAGGAUUCAGCGCUCCAAGACUGACGUAGCCGGCAGGGGGCAGUGGGUUCGAAUGGGCCGGGCCAGUUCGCGGGGCAUUUGUCCGGUUUCCGCGGCCCUGGCUUAUUCGUCCCUUCGGCCUCCAACGCCCACUGGGUGGCUCGUCCAUAGCGAUGGGUCCCCGUUGACCAGAUAUCAAUUCCGGUCGGUUUUGGGGCGUUGUAUCUUGUACCUGGGUCUAUCUCCGGCCGACUAUGGGACUCACUCUUUCCGCAUCGGCGCGGCUUCAGCAGCUGCUGCGGCGGGUUGGUCCGAAGUCGAAGUCCGGGCACUGGGUAGGUGGAGGUCUGGUGCAGUCAGACGCUAUAUCAGGCCUUUUCCUCCCAGUGCACCCAUUUGAGGACUAGCCGCUCGUCGCAACUGCAUUUUGCGGUUGUGGGGGCCUUGAGGAAUUUUUGUUUUAUCGUUGGUUUUACUACGGCUUUUGCCGGCUAACGAAGUUUCGUUUUUGCCUCAAGUCAAAUUGGGUGGCCCAACCCCCCCCCCCCCCCCACCCAUUUCCACUCCCCGUUAGGGACGUAGAUAGGUUCCCCAUUUAGCAAUGCCGUAUUUUAUGUAAUUUCUGACCUUCAUUAAACCCUUCUUUUACAGGACGGCGGUUAGAUCCGCGCUUUAUAUGAUUCGUGGGCCAUUCGUACAUCUAUUGGCUGUCCGUGUCGGCUCUGGCCUACGACACAACCCGUUUUCCUGAACUGCGGGCCGUGCGCUGGUUGGGGCGUAGAGGCCUCCGCUGGGACGGCCUGCGGGACUGGCUUAGGGCUGCAGUUGGCCGUUUUGGGUAUCCGCUGUUCUUGGUGGUACAUCUCGGGGGCAAUGAUUUGGUACACCGCACGGGCCUUGACAUUCGCCUCGUGAUGCGGCGCCAGCUGCUGGCACUUAUGGCUGAGUGGCCGUUUUGCCUGAUCCUCUGGUCGGACAUGGUCCCCCGGCGAUCUUGGCGUGGAGCCUUUAACCCGGGGGCGAUUGACUUGGUUCGGAGACGGGUCAAUUCGGUGGUCGGUAGUGCUGUCCUCCAGCAUGGUGGCCUGGUCGUGCCGCACAGUGGUAUCUCUUUCCGGGAUCCGACUCUAUACCGGUCUGAUCUUCUGGGAUGACUUUAUGCACGUCCUUCGGUCCCCUUCGGUAGUUGUUUAGGUAACAUUAGUUAAGGUUUAGUCGUUCAUUAGUGUCUAGUUAGUUUUGUCGGUUUUUUAGCCCCUCCUCUAGUUAGUUGUUAGUUCGGUGGCGGCGGCAGGUUGGUAACCUGGCAGUUGGCCGGUUUAGGAACGGUUACUUAAUUUUUAACCAUGACUUCAAGGUGAGAAGUUGGGGUGUGUUUUAGAAACAUUUUCUUAGUCGUUUGAAUUAGUUUCCGGGCAUCACUUUACCAAGUGGAGCCCAUUAAUUGGUAAAAACAUAUGUGGAUGGCGGGGCUGGUGGCCCGAAUUUUUUACCUCAUAGGGGCGGAGCGUACCUCCGUCCCUACAACUGUUGGUGGGCAGGGGUAGUGGCAGAAGGUCGACCCCUGUCCUUGGAUUUUUGAAUUUUUAAUGUCCAGGAUGCAGGCAGGAGGCCGAUCCCGGAACAUUGGGGGCAGAAGGCUCCCUCACACAUAUGUUUUUAUUGCUUACUUUUUAUGUAUUACAAUGUUUUUUCACCCAUGUUACUUUAUUAUGUUAACCGUUCUUCUCCCCGCCACCUUAGUUAGAGAGGGAAGUCUACAUUUUAGUUUUAGCAUUUAAUAGGCCUUCCUCUCAGUCAGAAAAUAAAAGCUGACCCCUUUCACGCCAACUACAGUUGUGGUGUUUUUAUUUCAUAGAAUGAGUGUGCUUGAGUGGUGAGUGGAUGCAUCUGACGUGUGGGGUUUAAGACCGCGUAGGGAGCAUAAUGCGACCACAGCGGCAUAAACGCACCGUCCAGGGCCUCCGCAGCGCCGCUCAAGGCACCACAUGGCCUGUGAGGGGUUAAUGUUUUCGGCUGGGAGGAACUCAGAGAGUGGGCCGGGGGGCCCAUUGGCUGCAGCAUGAGAGGGGGCUGGCCUGUCAUGCAUAUAGGCAGCCGGCAGGAUACUUCCUGCCUCUCUUCAGCCUUUUCGUUACCCACCCUCCCUCCCUGGGGACUUGUUUUUCUGCUUUACAGCUGUGUUCAUUGUGUCGGCUUUGGGUGGCCGGUUUAGGAACGGUUACUUAAUUUUUAACCAUGACUUCAAGGUGAGAAGUUGGGGUGUGUUUUAGAAACAUUUUCUUAGUCGUUUGAAUUAGUUUCCGGGCAUCACUUUACCAAGUGGAGCCCAUUAAUUGGUAAAAACAUAUGUGGAUGGCGGGGCUGGUGGCCCGAAUUUUUUACCUCAUAGGGGCGGAGCGUACCUCCGUCCCUACAACUGUUGGUGGGCAGGGGUAGUGGCAGAAGGUCGACCCCUGUCCUUGGAUUUUUGAAUUUUUAAUGUCCAGGAUGCAGGCAGGAGGCCGAUCCCGGAACAUUGGGGGCAGAAGGCUCCCUCACACAUAUGUUUUUAUUGCUUACUUUUUAUGUAUUACAAUGUUUUUUCACCCAUGUUACUUUAUUAUGUUAACCGUUCUUCUCCCCGCCACCUUAGUUAGAGAGGGAAGUCUACAUUUUAGUUUUAGCAUUUAAUAGGCCUUCCUCUCAGUCAGAAAAUAAAAGCUGACCCCUUUCACGCCAA